CUGCUCAAAAGUGGGUAUUUUCCUCUCCUUUGACACUCUCUCCACACCUUUUUCUCUCUUGCUUUUUCCAUUUCUUUGUGUUAUGGAUACUACUCUGUGGCCAAAGGAUAUUGGGGUUUCGCCGAAGGAGGUUGAAAUCUCAAGGCCAGCCAUAGAAAAGAAGCCAAGGCCUGAAAAGGAACAAGCUUUGAACUGUCCAAGAUGCAAUUCUACAAACACAAAGUUCUGUUAUUACAACAAUUACAGUCUCUCUCAGCCAAGAUACUUUUGCAAGACUUGUAGGAGGUAUUGGACAGAUGGGGGAUCUUUGAGAAAUGUUCCAGUGGGUGGCGGUACAAGAAAGAACAAGAGAUCUUCUUGUUCAUCGUCAUCAUCAGUUUCAUCAAAGAAAAUUCCAGAUCUGACCCCACAAAUUUUUUCUUCUCAAAACCCUAAGAUUCAUGAUGGGCAUGACUUGAAUUUAGCUUAUCCACCCACUAGUAGUCAUUAUAAUGGAAUAUCAGAAUUUGUUACUUUACCUUUUGGUGAUCACAUGAAAACCCUAAAUCCAGGAAACCCUAAUUCUUCGUCUUCUGCCAAUUCAUCUCAUUUUCCAGUUAUGGAAUUUCUCAAGGCAGGGAUCACCUCAAGAGGACUGACCAAUACUAUUAUGCCGGUGCCGGUUUCGGAUUCCAACACAAUGUAUACAUCUGGAUUUUCUUUGAAUACUGAAUUCAAGCCAACCCUCAAUUUUACCCUGGAUGGACUUGAAAAUGGUUAUGAAAAUUUGCAAGGAGUUCAAGAUCAUACAAACUCAUCAAGGCUUCUGUUUCCGUUUGAGGAAUCGAAGCUGGUCGCACCGACUGAAUUUGAGCCAGAAAGAGCGCAAGGAGAAUCCAAUGGGUACUGGAAUGGGAUGUUAGCUGGAGGGUCAUGGUAAGGUCGACCAAAUAGUUCAGUCAUGUUCAAUAUUGCGUAGUAGACGUAUUCGAGGAAAACUAUGAGUGUGGAGUCAUUAUCUUUUGCUUGCUUUUUUACAUGGGGAGUGACAUAUUGAUUUUGUUUGAGGUAUGAUCAAAACUAACAGAUUGUGUGCACGUGUUCAUUUCAUCUUUCUUUCUGAGCUUUUGGAUUAUUUUCCAAAUUUCAUCUCGUGAUUGAUUACUUUUGUUCGCCAGAAUUUGCCGUUUCAUAUAUAUGUAAAUGCAAUAAUCUUUCUUUAA